AUGAGCAGAGGACCCAGCUGCGCCUGGGUGACGAGCAGAGGGCAGCUCUGGAGGCGCAGCUGCACGAGGCCGGCCAGCGGGCUGUACACCGUCUCCCGAGAGCACCAGGAGGAGCUGGCCGCGCUCCGGCUGCGACUGAAGCAGCAGGAGGACGACCGCUGCCAGACUCUGCAGGCCCAGGUUGACCACGUCCACUCGCAGCUGGCAUUGGCCGGCCAGGAGAGGCACCAGCUGGAGACAGCCAAUCAGCGGCUGCAGGGCAAGACGCACCAGCUGGAGCUGGACGCCCGCACGCUCCGCUCCGAGGUGGAGUGCCUCACCAAGGAGGUGGAGCUGAAGCAGAGGGAGGUCCAGGGAGCCGUGGCCAGAGUCAGGACCGAGCUGCAGGCCGAGCUGGACGGCAUCGAAGCUGCGAAGGCGCUGCACCAGCAGACGGAGAAGACUCUCAAAGAGACGCGCUCCCAGCUGGCUCGGCGGGAGGAGGAGCUGGAGAAGGAGACGCGACGGCACCGCGACGAUGUCAGAAGGCUGCGCGAUGAGCUGAAGCGUCGAGAGACGGAGAUCAUGAGGAACAAGGAGGACGAGCUACAGCGGGCCGCCAUCCUGCACGGCGCGUUCCGCAACUACUUCAGCGCCUCGCCGCAGCGGAGCGGCCGGCUACGUCGGGGCUCGUCCGCAGCGGACCCGGCAGCGGCAGCGGCCGCUGAGUCCGAGGACGACCACUGAGAACGGGACCGGACCGGGUCCGGAGCUCGGCCACGGCGGCGGAGCAGGGGUCCAGACCAUGGCGACCUGAGCGGGGGAGUUGCCGGGACCGCCCGACCAAAGACGUGCGAAGUGUAGUUGCCUUGCGUCCUUCUGUGGCGCAGGGACGGGACCAAUGCCGACAUUGUGGCGCCUAAGCCGUCCAUUUCGCUGUCAGUUGCAUACAGGUGCUUGCAUAGGUGUUUGGCGAGUGUUCAGUGUGUUUGUAACGUUUCUAGUCA